CGUCUCAGACUCGUUACGCGUUAACUACACAAUGCCUUUACCAUUCAACAAGAACUUAGAUUUAAAAUUACUGACAUUAGUUAAAGACAACCCGAUUAUUUACAACUCAAAACACGCGAAAUAUCUAGAUUUUGAUACGAGAGAAGUCGUCUGGCAGAAAAUAGGUGAUGCCUUGAACCGUCCGGCGCAAAUCUGCAAAACACGAUGGGUGAAUAUAAGAGACAUGAUGAGGCGGAAGAUCAGAGAUAGACUACGUAACCCAAACCACAGGAGUUACAACUACAAAUACGAAGAGGAACUUGCCUUUAUGCUGCCUUACUUCAGGGAAACCAACUUGAAUAGUUCAAACGAUGAAUACGCUGAUUUCUUUGAGGAUGCUAACAAUUGUAACGUAGAGGCUGACGUCUUCGACAAUGAUACUGAAGAAUUUCGUCAUGAAGCGAGAGAAAUCAAACCGAAUAUCAAUUUUAGGAAACGGCAAGAAGAUUCUGGAUCUUUAGGCAUUGGGAGUGACACAUUCCAAGAACUAAAUCCAGCAGAUCCGUUAGAUGUAUUCCUAAUAACGAUAGGUUCGACGCUCAGGAAGUUCAGCCCGUAUUACUUGAACCAGGCGAAGAGUAAGAUAUUCCAGGUGGUCCAGGACUAUGAGUUGCAGCAGAUCGUGAAUAAGGACGAUCAGCCGGGCAGUAGUGACGUUAAAAGAUAAUAAUGGAUGUUUGAAAGGACAAUUUUAUAAAAUAUUAUAUCUAUUUGGGAUAAAUGGAAAACAAUUUUCUAUCAUGUGUUUUAAAAAAGCGAGAAAUUAUUGCUUUUUAGACUUUCUAAUUCGGUAUUUUGGGUGAAAUAUUCAUUAAAAAUUUGUAUGUAACGUUUUUAAUCGUUAACUAAAAUAUCGAAAAAUAUACGUCCCAAGUCAGUUACGUAAAAAAAUUUUCUGUUUGGACUGUUGUUAAAGCUGUUUUGAUGAAUUGUAACUUGUUCAAAUAUAAAUCGCUUCGAUUCGAAUCGAAUUAUCUAUAUUUAGUUUAUUUAAUUCUUGCUGCACUUUUAUCUAUUGUGCCAUAUUUAACUAUGCUCGUAAUUUGCAAUCCGACUUUCAUUCAUCCAUUCAAUACUCACCCGUGAAAUGUUGACAAAUGUCUUAUGGUUUAUGCGUGUGUUCUAGAAAUGUCGCAUAUCACUUUCUGAUAUUACACGAGUCUACUAAUCCUAGUAAUAUAUGACAUACUAUAUAUGUAUAUACAUCGCACACAUUUUUUGAACGUAAAAUGUUCCGGUCCAAACGAACGUAAACCGGUUUUUACUGGUUACAUGUUGUUAAUAUGGCGGAUGGUUGUCUUAUUUUUUUUUGUUUGUUGUUGAUUUAGCUGCUAAGUGAA